AUGAUAGUUGAAGAAGGGGAUGAUAAGAAGGAUAGUCCUAGAAUGAUUGAUGGUGAUGAGAAAAAUGUGAAUGAACCUAAAUGCAUUCUAUUGCCCCCAAUGAAAAUUCCUCCACCCUUUCCACAAAGGCUUAAGAAGAAAGAUGACAAUGCCAAGUUCAAAAAGUUCCUUGAAAAACUUAGCAAGCUUUCAAUUAGUAUUCAAUUAUUAGAAGCUCUACAAGAGAUCCUGGUGUAUGCUAAGUCCUUGAAUAGCUUGAUGUCAAAGAAACGACUUGUGGAUUAUGAGACUAUCGAGGUGACUCAUAGUUAUAGUGCUAUUAUGGAAAACAUAAUGGUAGAGAAAAAGAAAGACUCGAGUGCAUUUACCAUUCCUUGCACCAUCGAAAUGUACAAAUUUGAAAAGCCAUUGUGUGAUCUUGGAGCUAGUAUCAACUUGAUACCAUAUGUCAUGUAUCAAAAGCUAGGCUUGGGUACUCCCACACCCACCACCAUGAGACUCUUGAUGGAGGACCAUUCAAUUAAAAAAUUGGUUGGUAUGUUGUAUGAUGUGGUGGUUAAGGUCGACCGAUUUAUCCUUUUAGUUAAUUUUGUCAUCCUCGAUUGUGAGAUUGAUCACGAGAUACCAAUCAUCCUUGAAAGUCCAUUCCUAGCCACCAAAAGAGCUCUAGUCAAUAUGGAUGUGGAGAGAUGA